AUGGCUGCUCAUGUGGUUGUGCUUGAUGCCAGCGCGCGCAGGGCACUCGUUAAGGUGACGCCGACGAAGCAUAUGAGUGAUGUGCUGGGUGACGCUUGCGCGAAGUUCAAUAUCAACCCCGCUCAAUAUGGCCUAAAGCUAGAGCUUGUGCAGCUGUCAAAAUCACCAAGCGUCGUAUCUAUCGCCCUCCAGCUACCUGACUCAGAAUCGCAAGGAACAUCUAAUGGUCGACUAGUGGAUAAAUUCCCAAGCAACACCACCCUGUGGCUGAUACUACGGAAAUUCGAGUCUGGUGUUGCAGGUAGUAGCAAGAAGUUUAACCUGACAGCGAGAGGUGCUCCACAGGUCCAGGAAGGAGAGUCAGGCUCGGGGAGACUAUUCUACGAAACCCCUGUGCUUAAUAUUUUAGGCAAGGAACUAUCGUCCUUUACAGACCUACAGAAGCCUCUCAGUCAACUGGGGUUGAAUAAUGGAAGUGCGUUGAUAAGACUAAGCUUCAGGAUAACCGACCAACCACUGGAGGAGGCUAUGGUUGAUAUAGACACAUAUUUCAAGUCUCUGGGCGGCGACAAGAAUGUGGUUGAACCGAGUGAGGCUCCAUCGUCGGCUGCUGAGGCUGUAACAAUGGGAACCCCAGUAUCGUCAGAGGAUGCCUCAACAGCAGAUACACAGGUACCGGUGAUCAUAUCUUCUAGGCCGGUGACUGUAUUUGCGCCUCCAUCCAACUCGACUCCCCAUUCUGCCCAAACCCCCUAUAACGAGAGGGACUACCUACCCACCAUCGAACAUGCACAAACCCACCAAAAGCGCCUCAAUACGGCCUCCCGACCUAACCGUUUAGCGGGUGAUGCAGAACUCGCCGCUCAAGAGGCUGCAGUGCAAGAGAAGCUAUCAAAAGUCAAAGAAAUAGAAGUCAAAAUCCGGUUUCCCGAUCAAAGCCAGGCGGUCUCUAAAUUCACAACGGAAGAUACCACCAAGUCGUUGUAUGCCUUUGCAAAGAGCUGUCUGGAUGCUCCGCUGGCAGAUGAAAAAUUCUCACUUUUCUACUUCCCUGCUCUGACGGUUGGUGCUCGGCCUGGUUCAAACGUGCAAGUGCAGAUCCUGGAAAGCGAAGAUAAGGCGCUCAUCCGUGAUCUAAAGAUGAGUGGGAGGGUGUUGGUUAACUUUGUUUGGGAUACCAAUGCAGCUCUCUCAGCACGUAGUGCUGGGGGAUCAGUACUCCGGCCUGAACUACGGCAAGCCGCUGGGAAAUUACAGGUUAAUGAUAUUGCAGCUGAUGAGGACGACGAGAAUGAGGGGAAGAACAAGUCCGGGAUUCAGAAGACACUACCUAGCUCCUCUGACCAUGGGAAGAAGAAGAGCGGCGUCCCCAAAUGGCUGAAGUUGCCUGGCAAGAAAUAG